GCUGCCGGGACUCCCCCUCGCCGUCUGCUGCCCCGUCCGGGGCCCGACUUCGGGGCAAGAGCCGUGCGCCGGGGGCAGCUGGGCCCGGCCAGUCGGGCCGCGUGUCCUUCGAGCCGGAGAUCCGUGGGUAAAGAGGGAAAGGGGAAAAGAAACAUCCACAAAAUACAACUACAGAGUCCUGCAUCCUGAAAGAAGCAACAGACCAGCAAAAAAUUACAAUAAUACAAUGGCACCCCCCAGCCUCCUGCUUUGCCUGCUCGCCGCCACAACGGUCUUCUCUCUGCUGGACGGAAGCUCCGCGUUCCUGUCGCACCACCGCCUGAAAGGCAGGUUUCAGAGGGACCGCAGGAACAUCCGCCCCAACAUCAUCCUCGUGCUGACGGACGACCAGGAUGUGGAGCUGGGUUCCAUGCAGGUGAUGAAUAAGACCCGGCGCAUCAUGGAGCAGGGCGGGGCGCACUUCAUCAACGCCUUCGUGACCACGCCCAUGUGCUGCCCCUCGCGCUCCUCCAUCCUCACCGGGAAGUACGUCCACAACCACAACACCUACACCAACAACGAGAACUGCUCCUCGCCCUCCUGGCAGGCGCAGCACGAGAGCCGCACCUUUGCCGUGUACCUCAACAGCACGGGCUACCGGACAGCGUUCUUCGGGAAGUACCUGAAUGAGUACAACGGCUCCUACGUGCCCCCCGGCUGGAAGGAGUGGGUCGGCCUCCUCAAGAACUCCCGCUUCUACAACUACACGCUCUGCCGGAACGGGGUGAAGGAGAAGCACGGCUUCGACUACUCCAGGGAUUACCUUACCGACCUCAUCACUAACGACAGCGUGAGCUUCUUUCGCACAUCUAAGAAGAUGUACCCGCACCGGCCUGUCCUAAUGGUCAUCAGCCACGCAGCCCCCCACGGCCCUGAGGACUCGGCCCCCCAGUACUCAGGCCUCUUCCCCAAUGCAUCCCAGCACAUCACGCCGAGCUACAACUACGCGCCCAGCCCGGACAAGCACUGGAUCAUGCGCUACACGGGGCCCAUGAAGCCCAUCCACAUGCAGUUCACCAACAUGCUGCAGCGCAAGCGCCUGCAGACGCUCCUGUCCGUGGACGACUCCAUGGAGACGAUUUACAACAUGCUGGUCGAGACAGGAGAGCUGGACAACACGUACAUCGUGUACACAGCCGACCACGGCUACCACAUCGGCCAGUUUGGCCUGGUGAAAGGGAAGUCAAUGCCAUACGAGUUCGACAUCAGGGUCCCGUUCUACGUGAGGGGCCCCAACGUGGAGGCCGGCUCAUUGAAUCCCCACAUUGUCCUCAACAUCGACCUGGCCCCCACCAUCCUGGACAUUGCAGGACUGGACAUCCCCUCGGACAUGGACGGGAAAUCCAUCCUCAAGCUGCUGGACUCGGAGCAGCCGGUGAAUCGGUUCCACUUGAAAAAGAAGAUGAGGGUCUGGCGGGACUCCUUCCUGGUGGAGCGAGGCAAACUGCUCCACAAAAGGGACAACGACAAGGUGGACGCCCAGGAGGAGAACUUCCUGCCCAAGUACCAGCGCGUGAAAGACCUGUGUCAGCGGGCGGAAUACCAGACCGCGUGUGAGCAGCUGGGCCAGAAGUGGCAGUGUGUGGAGGACGCCGUGGGGAAGCUGAAGCUGCACAAGUGCAAAGGCCCCGCGCAGCCUGGGGGUGGCGGCAGCCAGGCCCUCUCCAACCUGGUGCCCAAGUCCUCCGGGCAGGGCAGCGAGGGCUGCACCUGCGAUGGCGCUGACUACACGCUCAGCCUGGCCGGGCGCCGGAAGAAGUUCCUCAAGAAGAAGUACAAGGUCGGCGCUGCCCGUUACCGCUUCACCCGCUCGGUGGCCGUCGAGGUGGAUGGCGAGGUGUACCACGUAGGCCUGGAUGACAGGGGCCAGCCCCACAACCUCACCAAGCGGCACUGGCCAGGGGCCCCUGAGGACCAGGAUGACAAGCAUGGUGGGGACUUCAGUGGCACUGGAGGCCUUCCGGACUACUCAGCCCCCAACCCCAUUAAAGUAACACACCGGUGCUACAUCCUAGAGAAUGACACCGUGCAGUGUGACCUGGACCUGUACCAGUCCCUGCAGGCCUGGAAAGACCACAAGCUACACAUUGACCACGAGAUCGAAACACUGCAGAACAAAAUUAAGAACCUGAGGGAAGUCCGAGGUCACCUGAAGAAAAAGCGGCCAGAAGAAUGCGAUUGCCACAAAACCAGUUACCACAGCCAGCACAAAGGCCGCCUCAAGCACAAGAGCUCCAGCCUGCAUCCUUUCAGGAAGGGGCUCCAGGAGAAGGACAAGGUGUGGCUGUUGCGGGAACAGAAGCGCAAGAAGAAACUUCGCAAGCUGCUCAAGCGACUGCAGAACAACGAUACGUGCAGCAUGCCGGGCCUCACCUGCUUCACCCACGACAACCAGCACUGGCAGACAGCGCCACUCUGGACGCUGGGACCCUUCUGCGCCUGCACUAGCGCCAACAAUAACACCUACUGGUGCAUGAGGACAAUCAACGAAACCCACAACUUCCUCUUCUGUGAAUUUGCAACUGGCUUCCUAGAGUACUUUGAUCUCAACACAGACCCCUACCAGCUGAUGAAUGCAGUGAACACACUGGACAGGGAACUCCUCAACCAGCUCCACGUGCAGCUCAUGGAGCUGAGGAGCUGCAAGGGCUACAAGCAGUGUAAUCCCCGGACCCGAAACAUGGACCUGGGACUUAAAGAUGGAGGAAGCUACGAGCAAUACAGGCAGUUUCAACGUCGAAAGUGGCCAGAAAUGAAGAGACCUUCUUCCAAAUCACUGGGUCAACUAUGGGAAGGCUGGGAAGGUUAAGCACCACCAAAGAUGGACCUUCAAAAACAGAAAGGCAUCAUCUGACUAGAAAGUGAGGUUCAUCGUAUAGUAUAGAUACUGAAAAACCACGUAUUGAAGAUUUCAAGCAGAUCUGUGCCGUCAGCCAGGAGGCCUGAGACAGAACUUGCAUUCAGUCAACAUGGCAAAUUCUGGAGGAUAACCAUCAGGAAUAGAUACUUCAGGAAGCCCAUGUUUGCACCUGCUUUUGCUUUGGAUUAUACCUCACCAGCUGCACAAAAUGUAUUUUCAUAUCAAAAAGUCACCACUAAACCUCCCUGAGAGGCUCACAAGGAAAAGAGAACAGAGAGAAAUAGUUUCUUGAAAAUUUCCCCCCAAGGGUGAACAUCACUGGAAAUUUUUUACAUCAUAGGGGAAAAACAAUCCUGUUUAAACUCUAUUCUUCUGCCUCGUCACAAAGAAAGAACUUAGAAGCAGGACAGAAGCAACUUACAGAUGCUAAAAACAGCACAGAGAUCCUGACAACGCAUCAAUAACACAAAAAAGUGACCAUUUACCUAGCACUAUAACCCUGGUUGCCUCUGAAGAAAAUGACAUCACUGUAUAUAUGUGACCAUUUACAUGUAACCAGAGUGGGAACUUGUAGGGGAAUGUGACUAAGAAAACCCAUCUUUCAAGAGUGGUGGUGUCAAUAAAUGCUCUGUGGCCAGUGUAAAAAGAAAACCCCUUGCAGCUGUGGACAUUUCUGUUCCUGCCCAGAUACCAUUUUCCUCAGUAUUCCUUUGUCAUCUGUCCCAGAAUUGAUGUAUUUUUAAAAUACUGAAAAGAAAUGACGUUGAUGUAUAUCGCAAGUUUUAAUGAAAUUGUAUUUGUAAAGAAAUUCUGUAGUAUAAGUAUUGUGAUACAAUGUUCAAAACCCCCACCCAAAGAUCAGCAGUUGGUAUGAAGUUUGCUUUGACAUUUUGUAAAAAGCCAAUCUUGGAGUUUUUUGGUGUGUUUGGUAAAAGAAAAAAAAAUCUUCAAGAUACUACCGGUCAACAUCUUUUUGACAGGAGAUGCCUUGGUUUUAGAGGACUUUUUAAAGGGAGACUUGAUGGUUGUAAAUUGAUGACUAAAAUUUAACAUAUUUCAGGGACCUGACAAGUAAGUUCCAUAUUUCACCGGGUUUAGGACUUCACUUUUUAAAAAUAAUAAUCAACUGCAAAAGAAUUCACCUUAUCUCAUCCCUUUUUUAUGUACCAGAUAGUCUUGGGGGGUCAGACUUCUACAAUGGGAGAAGUGGGAGGAGCCUCAGCCAUCACCCGGCCAACCUACUUCUCAUGUAACAGAUGAUGGAGCUAACCCCUAAGCACUCACAUUUUAUAAAAACAGUCCUAUGCUUUUCAAUAAGCCAAGGAUCCCCAGUAAAAAUAAGUCUUUUAAUCUCAUAGGAACUGCUACCAUUAUUUCAAAUAGGCUUCUUUAAGCCUUGUCUUUUACCCUUAAUCCAACAGGGAUUUUAAAUUUAGAAAAGAAAAGGAGGGGUGGAAAAAAGCAAGCUCUUGGAGGCUCCAAUUUUAAAUAGAAACCUUUAUUUACAUGACAUCCAAAAUGAUAAGCAAAGCAGUCAUAGCUUACCACCCAACAAGCUCAUAAAUUAUCCCAUGUGGUUUCGAUUCUUUGCAAUAUAAAGAAUGAUUUAGAUUUUUUAAGCAACAUUUAAUGUAAACUUGACUGAAAUUGAAUUCAUUCUCAAUACUAAAAGUCAACUCCUGAGAAUUUAAAUAUUGCUCUCAGAAUGACAUUUCUAUCUUCUUCAAAAUCCCACAUAUUGGCGAGAAAAAAAAAGGAAAAAAAUGCCCUGCUUAUUAUUAGCUUGCCUAGGAAAACAGCUCUUGUUCCCUUGCAGCAGAGGGGAAAUUACAUCAAUCCUAAAGGUUUCCCUUCUACAAAUUUUCCACUUAUGAACAAAACUCAUGGCUCCUGCAAAUGGAAAAGGAACUGGUCAGGCAUACAGGUAACUAGCAACCCACUCUGUUCACUUUCCAGCUGCACCUACUUCUGGACUGAAGAAAUUCUAGGAUACCAAACCAAGUAUCUCCUGUAAAGCCCCACCGUCUAUACCCCAAUUCACCUUAGAUAUUAAAUACUGAUAAACUAAAUAGUACAGUUUA